AUGUGCUUUUGUUUGGGAUAUGCUGGAACAGUUACUUUGAUGAAACUGCAUGUUUUAUGCAAUUUAGAAAGACAUGAAUCAAAAUGGCGUCAACAAACUUUGCCAGCAUAUCGACCCAUCUUAACUGGUCGACUUGUGUUGGCGAUAUUCCUGGUGCAAGGCAUAUUAUUUAUCGCUAUAGGAGUAAUGAUAAAGCUUUUUGACCACUCUACUUACCAAAAAAGUUUUAAGGGUGAUGUCAAGUUCCAGUACGGCAUAGAAUAUUUUAACCAAAACAAUCGGCAGUAUAUAAAGUCUAGAAACGAUAUACAGCUGACUGGUGAUUUACAGUCAACUGGUGACUGCGGCAAAUAUGCAACAUCAAAUGAAUCUGGAGUUGAGCUUCCAAUUGCUCCAUGUGGUUUAAUGGCAAAUUCAAUGUUUAAUGCUGUAAAAGACCAAUCCGCAACCUCUGAAAAUAUCAGUUACCUUCUAGACACUUUUCAACUGUUUUAUGAAACAAAAGGCGUCACUGUACCAUUCAGCAGCGAUAACGUUAUUUGGUCAGUGGAAAGGAAACGGAAAUUUAUCAAUCCAAAAUACGAUAAAACAAAAAAUGAAACACUUUGUAGUGCUUUUGAAGGUACAGCAAAGCCGCUCGAUUGGGAACGGCCAGCAUGUGAAUUGGGGAACGAUGAAGACGGCUAUGCUUUCGAAAAUGUCGAUUUUAUUGUUUGGAUGAAGCCUGCAGCUCUGCCAAACUUUCGGAAAACUUAUAGGACCCUGAAAAGAUCCAAAACUGGAGUAUUCACCAAUGGUCUACCACAAGGGAACUACACUCUGACAGUGCAUUACAGUUAA